AAGGGAGAGGCAAGCCAUCUGACUGAUAAACUUUACUUCACCUCAGUCUGUGUCGUAUCUGCGAGAGCAACAAGUAAGUAAACUUCAAGACUGUGUCCGCGCAUCUGCGAGAACAACAAUUUGGUAAACUUCACGAUGGCGAAGUUAUUUCAAGGGAAAGGCAGUAGGAAAAGAAAGAUUUCAACUCAAGAAGUAAUUGAACCAGUUAGCAUCCAUGUGACAUACAUUGAUACAAAGAGAAUCCUUCCCUAUCAAAAAGGGGGAGAUCUAAGGGGAUUCACCAAGCAGUUCUUGCAAGGAUUCUCCGACGUUUUACCUCCCAAUGUUACUUCAGAACAAGUCAAGUUCCAGCGAUAUAAUGCAAGAUUUGACGAUGCCGCCGAACUUGAAAAUGGAUACGAGUUUGAUGAUAACCAAAAAGUUAGCGCACACAUCGUGGGUGACAAGAAGGCUAAAGAGAAGGAGAACCGAACACCACUUAAUAUGUCAAUUUCGGGAGGCCAACAUACAUUUAAUCUGUAUAUAACUGACUUGGCUAAGUCGGAUAACGGUUUUGUAGGGAACUCGACUUUAAAGUUCCAUCAACUUACGGUAGGUUCUACUUAUCGCUUUUGGAGCGCAGUCAGCAACAAAAAUGGUGGUGUUAUGAAGAGGAGUCCCAGUGAAAACAUAGUGAUUUGUGGUGGAACUUUUGAGGAGCCUGAUGAUACUCACAUACAGGUCAUUGAUGUGAAUAAUAAGUCACCGAAUAAAAGCAAUGCUGUGGCCCUUCUAUUCACGGACACAAAGCUAAACAAGCAGUAUGCAAUGAAAGGAAUUGGAUGCGGACAAGAAAUCCAAACCGAAGAAAUUUCUUCGCAUGAUGAGGAAAGCGAUAUCUUUGAGCCUGACUAUUUCUGGAGCUACACCAUGCUCAAACACGUCAAAACCGGCUGCUAUGUGGGAUGUGACUACACUGGAAAAGUGACUUUGGUGGAAAAUUCAAAGCCCGAAUUUCCUAACGCUGAGAUUCUGUUCAUCGCCAAUGCACCUUAAACUGAUUUACACAGCAGAAGACUCAGUGGUGGGUGUUCUGAGUGAAGUCAGCUCACUAUUUGACCAUUUUGAUCCGCAUGUGAGGCACUGAAAUAUUAGAUGAGACUACCGUCUACAUUCGUUAAUCUGUUUUUAAUCAAGUAAAUAAAGUACUCUUAUCACAAAUAGUAUUCAAGGUAUUGUUAUUUCUGGCUUGUUUCUAAGACAAAUUGUGUCGAAUCAAUCCAUUGGUCGCUUCAGCUGUCAACACUUGGUUAUUUCUUUGUUAAAACAACCACAGAUGGCCCAAGCUCACGUCUCGAGAAAAAGCAAACGAUUAAUUCAUGAAAGCGUCACGCGUUGUGUGACUCGGUGUUAACUUACGAGAGGAACCGUUUAGAAUUUGAGCAAGUGAGACGUGAGCUUGGGCUGCCUGUGAAACAAUCUGUGGUCAGAUUCUCUAAUCAGAAAUAGAGUGUGGCCCCGUCUUUGUGUUGAUACCCAACCCGUCUCCGAAUCUGGGAGAACCGUGACGGACUGACGUCCAGUCUAAGUAUGACGCUAAUUUAAAAUUUGUCUUAGUGCAGUAAACCUGCAAAUACCAAUUUAUUUCUCAUCAUAAAACACCCCUAAAAGCCUCUGAGGUUGAAUAAUUAUAAGUUAGAAACAAACUUUACAAGGCAUUCAUUAAUCAUUCGGCAAAAUGACAGCUGCUUUUUUUUUAAUAUGGGAAACGUCGAUGUCAUCCAGAACAAAAGAUGUAUCUUUGUAUUUUGUGUAUGGUGCAGGUAUGCAGAUUGUUUUGCUAGCAUUUUUUUUUUCAUAUCUUAAGGUGUUUUGUUAAAAAAAACAAAAAACCUAAGUGAACAAACUCCGUGUUGGGCCGACUGCCAGGAAAACACUAUCCCAAGCAGU